GUGAUAUAUCACUGCACAGGAGUUCGGAAAACAUUCGUUCGAUUUGGUAGGAAUUUAUCCAUCAUUUGCAGGUAGAAAACUUUUUCUCCUCUAAUUUAGAGAACUCCAGUUUCAUGAACCGCCCCAUAUAUAAAAUGGCCAUGAGUAUGGUUGUAGGAAAUGUCUCAAAAACAAUCAGAUUUUACAAAACAUUGACAUCUAAAAGUAAUGAUCAAGUGUGUAAAAGGUUCAUUGCGCCAGUGGUCAAAUGUUACUCAUCCGACUCAAAGGAACCAGUCGUCAUUCACGAUGAACUUGACACUGAUGAAAAUAUAGAACUUGAAAAUCGUAAAGAAAAUGAACAAGUCAAAGAUAUUUCAGGAUUGCUUCCACGUAAGCGUAAUAUGAUGAAGCAUGUUAAUCAAACGAAUGAAAUAGAUGAGACUCGUCCUUGGGAAAAAUUAGUUCGGGAACAACGACGUCGAUUUGCUAAAUAUGGUUUCUCAUCUGAAGUGCAUCCAGGUUAUUGCUGGCCUUCCAAAGAAACAUUUGUUGAACUCAAAGAAAUUGACAAGAUAUUUGAGCCUCCCAUAGAAGAACGUAUAUCUCAGAUGAAAGCGGCCAAAAAAGCUAAGCAAGAUAAAUAUGAUGAAAAAAUGGCUGAUAUUGAGAAGAAAAUGGCAGAGAUGCCAAAGCAUAUUGAAAAGUAUCGCCAAAAGUUACAGAAACAGGGAGAAGAAAAAAUAAAACAAGCUGAAAAGAGACAGAAACUUUUGGAUGAAGCCAGGGAAUUUUAUGGUUAUGAAGUUAGUGCUAGUGACGCUAAAUUCAAACUUAUGCUUGAAACUAAAGAAGCAGAGGAGAAAGCAAGAAGAAAGAAGAUGAGAAAGGAAAAGAAAGAACAAAUGUUUUUGAAAAGUUUGGAAGGAAUGAAUAAGACCAAAGAGUCAAAGGAUAACCAAGAGGAAUCUUGAUAUAGGAUUGAUGGAAAACUAUAAAGUUGUGUGUCAAGCGUCAGUUAAUUGAAGUGUCAUAGACACGGCCUUAAUGAGUUUGAUUGAUCUGAAAACCUUUUCAAACCUUAUGAACAGAUCUUUUGAAUGUUUUGAUGGGAGCUUCUACAUGUCUGUUUGUUUGAUGUAAUAAAUGGAACCAGGAGAUACUUUGUUAAAAAACUGAUUAAUACAUUUAGGGAGGGGGUAAAAGUCUAUUGCAUUUUGCUAAGAAAGAUUAAUUUUAAAAAAGAAGUAAAUUUUAAAUUGAGAAAAAUCAGUGAAUACACUGAAUAGUCACCAAUCUAAAUGUGAUUGUUUACACUUUGAUACACCAUUGAAACAUUUAUUUGAGAGUGCUCCUCAAAUAUUAUUUGAAUUGUAUGAGGUAACAUUUAAUUUGGCCUACAUUUUCUUAAUAAAAAACAAAUACACAUGAAUUGAAUAAUAAACAUAAUUGAUUUGUUAUUAAAAAUAACAGGUGUUUACCGUAUUCUAUUAUCCCUAAUGAGCGCACAGUGCAGGUUCCAAAUUGAAAUUUAAAAGUGCAAGAUAUUGAGAUUCCAAUAAGUACACAUACA